AUGAUUGGAAAACGUAUUCGAGAUGUUUUAAGUACUGAAAAUGAUGAUGCGGAUGUAGUUGAGAGUCAUCAAGAUGAUUCGGAUGAUGAAACUCAACCCACAGAUACUAUGGAUAUGGACCUUGAAAUACAAGAGCUUCAAGAAAAGCAUAUCGCCGAUGAAAUAUACGAGGACAUCGAAAUUAGAAGUACUACUUUAUGGGAAGCCAAGGAGCUGCUCGAACAGAGGUCGGGGCUGCUGAGACGGGCUCGCCGGAAAUGGCCUGCUCGUGGUGUUGUUCUUGUCGGGGUUCGCUGGGGUGCUCGAGGCGGCCGCUGGUUGGAGAGCUCGGGGAUGGCUGCUCCGGCGUCGCGUGGUGCUGUUGGGUCCCGUCGGAAGAGUUUCGCGAGGGAGAGAGGGGCAGCGGGUGGUAUUUCACGCCGGAAAUGGGGUGCAGCGGCGGUGACGGGCGUGGAGGUUGCCGCGGAGGGCCUGCUGCACGAACGAAAAAUCGCCAAAGAAGAUGGCGGCUGGUUCACGGCGAAGGGCGGGUUCGCUGCGGUGGUUGUGAUGGCGCCGGGAAAUCGCCGGAAAAACGCAGCGAUGAAGGAGUUGAGCGGGAGUGGUGAUGGCGCCGGGAAGAAAAGGAAGUUGACGGGCAAAAAUGAGGAGGAUGAUGGUGACUGA